CCCUCUUCUCCCAUCCACCCCCUUACCCUUAAAGCAAGAGCAAAGCAAACCAAGGCAAUGACCUCCCCCUCCUCCACCAUCGCCAUCAUCGGCGCCGGCGUAUUCGGCCUCACCACCGCCCUCCACCUCGCCCAGCGCGGCUACACCCACGUCACCGUCUACGACUACCAGCCAUACCACCUGAACGCUUAUAACCCUGCUGGGGGGUGCGAUGCUGCUAGUGCUGAUGUGAACAAGAUCUACAGGUGUUCCUAUGGGAAAGAAACAGAAUACCAAGACCUAGCAUUCUCAGGCCGCCCCAUCUGGCUCGCAUGGAACGCCCAACUCGCCUCCACCCCCGCGCACCUCCUCCCCCCCGGCCUCUCCCCCUCCGACAAGCUCUUCGUGCCUUCAGGCUUCUUGCGGAUCUCAGACGGGGAGGGCUUGUCGGCGUAUGAUGCUGAUUGCCUGGAGGCGUUGAAGGAGGCGGGGUUGAGGGGGCAUCAGCAUGUUUCUGUGAGUGUUUUCUGUUCCGUGGGGAGGUGUGGGUUUGGGAAAGUGCCCUACCCCCUAGCCACAACCCUCGACACCUCCGCCGGCUUCACUUACGCCGACAAAUCCUGCGCCUGGGCCCGGUUCCUCGCAGAACAGGCUGGAGUCAAGUUUGUGCUCGGGCCCGAGGAGGGCAAGUUUGAUGAGCUGCUCUUCGGCGAGCCUUCGGCUGGGGGGGAGAAGAAGGUUAGAGGGUUGAAGACUGUUGACGGGAAUGAGCAUUUGGCGGAUGUUGUCAUUGUCGCUUGCGGCGGCUGGACACCUUCUGUCGUACCCGAAGUCGAAGGUCUUCUCGAAACGACCGCUGGGAGCGUGGUCACUGUCCAAUUGCCCGAGGACCGUCAAGAUCUUUGGGACAAGUAUGCACCCGAAAACUUCCCCGUCUGGGCAUACGGCCUGACAGGACACGAGUCGCCCGAGUAUGGUGGCUUCUAUGGGUUCCCCAGGACGCAGGAUGGGAAAAUCAAGAUUGGUUAUCGAGGAAGGAAAUGGACGAAUUACCAGGUGAACCCUAAGACUGGCAAAGAAAUCUCCACCCCCCUUACAGCCUACACCCCCACCCCAGCUACCAACCUCCCCCUCCGCGCCCUCGCCCUCAUCAAACACAUCAUCGCCCUCGCCCUCCCCGACCUCGCCGACCCCUCCAUCGGCAUCGCCGCUACGCGGAUGUGCUGGUACACAGACAGUGUGGAUAACAGUUUCGUGGUGGAUUACGUACCGGGGUAUGGGGAGGGGCUUUUUGUGGCUAGUGGGGGGAGUGGGCAUGGGUUCAAGUUUUUGCCUGUUCUUGGGAAACAUGUGGUGAAUGCGCUGGAGAAGAAGCCGGACCAGUUUACCGACAUGUUUCACUGGCGUACCGCUGCCCCCGAUGACAAGUACGCCAACGGCCUUAAAGAGGACAAAGAAACGUCGGGUAGGGAUCUGGGUAGCUUGAAGAUGGGGGAGAAGGUGGACUGGCUGUUUUAAAUAUAGACACGAGACUAUGUAGAUACUUGGGAUAUGCAAUGGAUGGAAGGAA